GGGGGGUGGAGGUGGAUACCCACAAACGCCAACACAUCUUAGACACAGCAGCGUUGCCUGAGAGGGGACAAGUGAYGUUUUAGUCUUUGUCUUUAAAAAAAAACCAAGAUUCCUGUGGCAUCAAAAGGUUUGAUCUAUCUUUUAAUCAGUAAAAUAAUCUGGAGAUCAUGGAAGAAUCCCUCACUCAAGAAACAAGCUGUCAAUCAGACGCCACCAACAAAAACCAGGCAGAUGAGCCAAGUUUGCCGGAGAGUAAGGACGUGGGGGAGACAGCAGAAGGUCAGAGGGUAAUGGAUGUUGGAGAGGAAGGCGAGCCAGAUAAAGAACAAGAUACAGCCAAUGCUGGAGAUACAGACGAGCUUCAGAUUGUCCUGAAGUCUGCUGAAUGUGAUGCAGAACAGGGUGAAGACGACAAAGACGGGUCAUCGGCUGCCGGUGACGUGAAGGAAGCUGAGACGACAGGAGAAGAAAACGAUAAGCASGGUGAGGAAAAGGAGGAGAAAGAAGGCCAGACGGAGGAGACACACAGCUGUGAAAAAGAGGGAGAAGAAGAAAAGCUGAAGGAAAAAGAGGAGAGUAAAUGUGAAAUAGCAGCAAAGAAUGACGACGUAAAAACCAAAGAGKCAAAAGGAACGGAGAAGAAAAAAACAGCAAAACAGGAUCAUGCAGAGAUGACAGAUAAAGGAAAAACUAAGGAGCCAGAAAAACAAUUGAAGCCUAAAAGAAAGAGUGGUCCUCCCUCCUCUUUAUCCAGACCAAGACCCUCGGCUCGCUCCAUUAGAGCCUCAGCUAAAAAUGACAUCAUAGCCAAGUUCCAACAAGGUGCACCAGAAACACCGAUUCCUCGCAAUUUCAAAAUUCAGCGGUCGUCUGCUGCCCCGGCGACAGGAGCCUCGAUCAAGCAAAAGAUGCUCCAGUGGUGCCACAACAAGACUCGCAACUACGAGGGUGUCAACAUAGAAAACUUUUCMUCGUCUUGGAGCAAUGGGCUGGCAUUCUGUGCUCUUAUCCAUCGUUUUUUCCCAGAUGCUUUUGACUACAGCUYACUGAAACCAGAGGAGAGGGAGAAAAACUUCACGUUGGCUUUCCAAACUGCAGAGUCCCUGGCUGACUGCUGCCCUCUGCUGGAGGUUUCUGACAUGCUCAUGAUGGGCAACAACCCUGACCCCAUGUGUGUGUUCACAUACGUUCAGUCCCUCUGCCACAGCCUCUCCAAAAUAGAAAAAGAGAGGAGGGACAAAGAGAAGGCUGGGGAUCAAAAAGAAGAGAAAGAGGAAGCAGAGGAAGCAAAUGAAGCAGCAGGAGAUGUACCAAGUGCUGACAAUGAACAGAUGAAGAACCAAGAGGAGAAACAAGAAGAAGAAAGUGAAAAAGUAAARGGAAAUGAAGAGGAAGACUCAUCAAAGAGUUGUGAGAUGGAGGAGGCCAAGGGAGCUUUGGUUGAGACACAGUCAUAAAACAUAACAGAAAAAGACUGAAUAGACCAAUGUUUGUUCAUGGUAAGUUUUAAUUCACUGUUUUAAAAACCAUGGUAGAGGUUAUGACACCGCUCUAAAAUACUAGUUAUUAGGACGUUGCUGUGUGUGUUUGUAUUUUGCACAUAGACAUGCAUUAUAUAUGUUGAGCUCAUGCGUGCUAAUGUGAAAAUAAAAAUGUUUUAAGAAAAAUA